AUGCUGCUGGGCAUUGGAGUGGAUAUUGUCCAUUUGCCUCGAAUUGCAAAAAUACUGACUAGACGCCAGAAUAACUGCCACCUUUUAUGCCGUCGUAUAUUGAGUUCUAAAGAACAAGCGGAUUUCCAGGCGAGAUUCCCAAACGCUGUCAAAUCGAAUCACACAGAAGCCGAUCCUAACGUAGUGAGAUUUCUUGCAACAUGCUGGAGUAUCAAGGAAGCUAUGUAUAAAGCGAUGUAUCCUGAGCGAAAACUGACUUGGAAAGAAGUCACCGUUGAUCGGAUAGCUGGAGGAAAACCUAGAGCCAUUCUUGCUGGCCAAGAUAAAUCCAUACAUACCCAUAUAUCAGUCUCUCAUGAUGGAGAUUAUGCUGUUGCCUAUGCAGUCAUCGAAAAACUAUAGUCAUGUUUGGAAAGCGAGAGCAUUCUGCUACAAUAAAGCGGGCUGACGAUAUUCAGUACCGCGAGACCGCAAUUUAUGUAUGACGAUCGUUGAUAGCUGCCAUGAUAAGAAGUAUUGAAAUAGAACACUUAAACAUUGUUGUACGAUGGUCG